CAGAGCGGCGCACGGGACCGCGCCCAGCCUGUAUCGGAUCGGAACUCGUGGGCGCGCCGUAGGUAGACCACAGGUGUGUUCACCGCAGUUUGAGGGAGAUUAACACGGAUCACAAACAAACGCGAGCUCUCCAGAAGAAGAAGAAGAAGUAAAUGAUCAGUGCUGGAGAUCUGAGAUGAUGGCGGAGUGAGAACUUUGUGUCAACUUUGAGAGGAGAGGCUGAGUUUGUUCUCACCUCUGCUGACUUUUCUCUCUGCGGCUGUGAAGUUGGAUGGAGUGAUACUGAUAUCCACAUAGAUUUGGAUCGCUGUGGAUUAUUUCGUGCGCAAUGGAUUUACGCAUUUCCAAAGGAAGUGGAUUUUUACUCUUUGUUGUCAUAUGUUUAAGUCUCCUUCAUGGCUCCAGAGGAGAAAUCCCAGAAAUCCCACCCAAACCGAGCAGCGGUGUCACCAUCGUGCCCCAGAUUAAGCCUGAUGGCCCUCAGGCCUUCCCAGACGCGGAAAAGGCAAAUUUACCCGUUUUUACAAUGGAUUACACAAGAAUACAGAUACCAUUUGAGAUCACACUGUGGGUGCUGCUGGCUUCGUUCGCAAAGAUUGGUUUCCAUGUGUACCACAAGAUCACCAUCUGGGUGCCAGAGUCCUGCCUUCUGAUCAGCAUUGGUCUGAUUGUGGGGGCCAUCAUGUACUCUGUUAACGAGGAGCCCCCUGCUGUGCUCACCACCAAUGUCUUCUUCCUCUACAUGCUGCCCCCCAUCGUCCUGGACUCGGGGUACUUCAUGCCCACCAGGCCUUUCUUCGAGAACAUCGGCACGGUGUUGUGGUUUGCAGUGGUGGGGACUCUGUGGAACAGCAUCGGCAUCGGCAUGUCUCUCUUCGCCAUAUGUCAGAUCGAGGCGUUUGGUGUGCAGGAGAUCAACCUCCAGGAGAACCUGCUGUUCGCCACCAUCAUCUCGGCCGUGGACCCCGUGGCUGUGCUGAGCGUGUUCGAGGACGUGUCCGUGAACGAGCAGCUCUACAUCGUGGUGUUUGGGGAAUGCCUCUUCAAUGACGCCGUCACUGUGGUGUUGUACAACAUGUUCAACUUUGUGGCGGAAAUGCCAGUCGUGGAGCCGGUGGAUGUUUUCCUCGGGGUGGCAAGGUUCUUCGUGGUCGGGCUAGGCGGAAUGGGCUUCGGCAUCCUGUUCGGCUUCGUCGCUGCCUUCACCACCAGAUUCACCUCCAAGGUCCGAGAAAUCGAGCCGCUCUUCAUAUUCAUGUACAGCUACCUGGCGUAUCUGGUGGCCGAGCUGUUCGCUAUCUCGUCCAUCAUGGCCAUCGUGACCUGUGCCCUCACCAUGAAGUACUACGUGGAGGAAAAUGUUUCACAGCGCUCCUGCACAACCAUCCGCCAUGUGGUGAAGAUGCUCGGCUCCAUCUCCGAGACGCUGAUCUUCUUCUUCCUCGGGGUCGUCACCAUCACGACGGAGCACGAGUGGAACUGGGGCUACAUCCUGUUCACGUUGCUGUUUGCUUUUGUCUGGAGAGGUCUUGGUGUCCUGGUGCUGACUCAGAUCAUCAACCCUUUCCGCACCAUCCCGUUUAACUUAAAAGAUCAGUUCGGUCUGGCCUACGGCGGUCUGAGAGGAGCGAUUUCAUUCGCCCUGGUCUUCACUCUUCCCGAUAACAUCGGCCGCAAGAAGCUCUUCGUCACUGCCACCAUCACCAUCAUCCUCUUCACUGUAUUUCUUCAGGGCAUCAGCAUUCGACCUUUGAUUGAGUUCAUCAACGUCCGCAGAACAAACCGCAACCUUGACACCAUCAAUGUGGAGGUUCACUGCAGGCUCAUGGAGCACACCAUAGCCGGCAUAGAAGACCUCUGUGGCCAGUGGAGCCACUUCUACUGGAAGGACAAGUUUAUGAAGUUCAACAACCGAAUCCUUCGGAGGAUCCUGAUCCGAGACAACCGGGCCGAGUCCAGUAUCGUGGCGCUGUACAAGAAGCUAGAACUGCAGAACGCCAUGGAGAUCCUGGAUACGGUGGCUGGAGACAUCAGUGCUGCUCCGUCCAUCGUCUCUCUCUAUGAGGAGAAGAAAAGCUCUGCUAAACCGAAGAGGAAGUUCCUCGCUGCUGAUCUGAGGAACAUGCAUGACAUCCUGUCCAAGAACAUGUACAAGAUCAGACAACGGACGGUGGCGUACACAGGUAAGCACACACUGCCCAACGACAGCCACACAAAAGAGAUCCUGAUCAGACGGCAUGCCAGCAUCCGCAGGAGCCUCCGACCCGGCAGCUUUCAGACAACGGUGGUGCCCAGAUCUCACAAAUACUUGUCACUUCCUGCUGGCCAAAGUCUGGACUCUAAAUUUCCUCCCAAGAGGCUGAGCUACACAGAUGAUCAGGAAACGAUGUCGGAGGUGGCGUACCCCUCCAGUCGCUCUCGGUUUCGGCAGCCUUCGCGCUCGUCCUCCUCCAGAGCCAUGAUGCCUCUGCAGCGGUUGGACACCCUGCAAGAGGCGCCGUCCGUCGACACGCUGAACGAAAGCAGAGUGGGGGAAAGAGGCAGGACAGGGCGCGGCACGCCCAGAGCGAACUCCUCUGCCAGUGACUCGCGCGUUCCCGCUCCCCGCCGUCACCCCCACUCCUCUGCUGACAGCGGCUCAGCUGAUAACUUCAGAAAUGGGCAUCACGAAGCAGCAGGGCAGGAGGAGGAGGAGCGGCAGCCUUCAUCUCCAACUCCAGCCUGGGCUGCUGAACCCAGAGACAGUGCAGCGCAGAACCCUCUGCUCAGACGGCCUCAGUGGAACCCGAAGAAGAUGUAAAAAACAACCCUGAGCUUUCAGAGAGCAGCUGGACUGCCACAGAUUGAGUCUCAGGAUCUCGAGCAGCUCCAGAGUCUCUACAUAAAACUGGGUAUUCAUACCACAAAGAAGCCGAGUAAAUUAACACUGGAGGUCUGGUUGUUUCUUAUAAGAGGUGAAGCACCCUCCAAAAUGAGCCAGUACGGACAGUAAGUGCACUAUAAUGAAGGAACUGUGUAUAAUUCUGACAAUUUCAGCCGUCAUCGUUGACAUCAGUGUGAUUUUAAAUAUCUUCCCGUAGGACUUCUUUUAAAAAUGUUUAAAGACAACGUAAUUUAAACUAUUUUAUUUCUUAGUCAUUACAUGUAAAGAUUAGAAUUUAGUUGUUUUUUUUAUUGCCUAUAAUGUGUGAAAGCUGUGUGCUGAUACAGGUUUGUAUAAAGGCCGUGUUAUGUUUAAUAUAACUGUUGCUGUGCGGUACACCUGGGACUGUCUGUUACACUGAUGUACCUCACUGUGCACACUACAUUUUCUUUUUUUUUGUAAUAAAUUUUCUAAGGUCAUGAAAAUUACCAAGCAUUUUCUAACCAUGGGAUACAGGUAAACUCAUAAAUGUGAUAAAUGUUUCACAUACAACUCAAAACACUGCAGACUGGCGUACAAAAUAUUGUUUAUUCCUUGUGACUUUUGGCAUGAAUCUGGCAUGUGCUUCAUGGAUUCGAUGACUGCUUUACAUACAUUCUCCUCCUUAACAUUUGGGUUUCUAACAGUGGUGUUCAGUAUACAACACAUACUUCAUUUUAACACAGCUUAAGAUAAAUUAACAAAUCUCUAAACGAUAUUCAAGAAUCAGAAACUCGAGCGAGCGUGUGCUCUGUAGGAAUCAUUUCUGAUGAAAUGCACUAGGAGAAACGACUGGCAUUGAGGUAAAAGGUGUUAAACUAAUUAUUAGAAUUAUUACUACAACAGUUUGAUCUACCUUGGGACAGUCAGGCGGCCUGAUUUCCCCACAGCAUCGGUUCAGCUCGUUUGUGAAUGAAGCGUCACUGCCUGGAAUGUGAAAGGUUCGUCUUUGUCUUUUAUUUUGGUGACUCGCAGUGUAUCAUGAGCAGGAUAACAAACCCCAGGGACGUUGGACAAUGUAGUGGUUAGA